AUGUCACUGGAGAACGGUACUGAAGUGACUCAGUUCAUCCUGCUGGGACUAACCGAUGACCCGGAGCUUCAGAUUCCCUUCCUCAUCACCUUCUCUCUCAUUUACCUCAUCAAUGUGCUGGGAAACUUGGGGAUGAUUGUGCUGAUCCUGCUGGACUCUCGCCUGCACACUCCCAUGUACUUUUUCCUCGGCAACCUGUCUCUCGUGGAUCUCUGUUACUCCACUGCUGUCACUCCCACGGCGUUGGCUAGUCUGCUUCGAAGAGACAAUGCCAUCUCCUACAAUGCGUGUGCCGCUCAGAUGUUCUUUUUUGCGGCUUUUGCCACUGUGGAAAAUUUCCUCUUGGCCCUGAUGGCCUAUGACCGCUACACAGCAGUGUGCAAGCCCCUCCAUUACGCCAGCAUCAUGACAUCGAGCGUGUGUGUACAUCUGGCCACAGCUUGCUACGUCUGCGGCUUCCUAAAUGCCUCCAUCCACACCGGGGACACGUUCAGUCUCUCCUUCUGUAAGUCCAACGUGGUCCAUCACUUUUUCUGUGAUGUUCCAGCCGUCAUGGUCCUCUCUUGCUCUGACAGACAUGUCAGUGAGAUGGUUCUUGUGUAUGUGGCAACUUUCGUUAUCUUUUUUGCCCUUCUGAUUGUCUUAAUUUCCUACUUGUUCAUAUUCAUCACCAUCCUAAAAAUGCACUCAUCUGAUGGGUAUCAGAAGACUCUAUCGACCUGUGCCUCCCACCUCACAGCAGUCUCCAUCUUCUACGGGACAAUCAUCUUUAUGUAUGUACUGCCCAGCUCCAGCCACUCCAUGGACACAGACAAAGUGGCAUCGGUGUUCUAUACUAUGGUCAUCCCCAUGCUCAACCCUGUAGUCUACAGCCUGAGGAACAAGGAGGUCAAGAAUGCAUUCAAAAAGAUUGUUGAGAAGGCACAGUUGUUUCUUGGAUUAACUUUUUAA